AUGUCUAGCGCUAGUGGUUCCUUAGGUGGACCUCACAAAAAUAAAAAAAUUGUUCUCAAAUCUGCACUCAAUGAAAGUAUAUUUAAUUUCAUGCACAUUAAUCCUGGCAGCAUUAAACCACAUAUCGAUGAAAUCAAAAUGCUUGUUUCAGGUCUUAAUCUUCAUGUGCUUGCUAUUUCCGAAACUUGGCUAUCUAAUCAACAUAACAAUAAUUUAAUUAACAUUCCUGGUUACUCAAUUAAACGUCAUGAUCGCAUUAAAAAACGGGGUGGAGGUGUUGCGUUAUAUAUCCAUGAAACCAUUCGCUCAAAAAUAAUAGCUAAAAGCCAUGAGGGAAUUAAAUUAGCAAUAGGCGUAGUUUAUAAUCCACCAAAUAAUAAUAGAAUGGAUACUUUAUCACGAAUAUUGCAAGAAAUCUCAACAAAAUAUGAACAUGCCAUUGUAUUAGGUGAUUUUAAUAUUAAUUUAUUAAUGAAUACGCCUAAGAAGAAUAAAUUUGUAAAUCUCAUUCGAUCUGUUUCGUUAGAAUGUCCAUCAAUUGAGCCUUCAAAUUUUGUUCCUAAUAAAACACCAUCACUAAUAGAUCUUAUCCUUGUUAAACAAUUGAACUUGUUAAAACGUUUUUCUCAGUUGCCUUUAGGUAGUUACACGACGCACGAUUUAAUAUUUGGCUCAUACAAUAUCGCAAUGAUAAAUAAAAAUAAAAUUAUGCACAAAAGUGUCCGAAAUUUUGAUAAUGUUUGUUCCGAAAAAUUAAAUGCAGCUGCUAUAAAACAAAAUUGGAAUACAAUUUAUGACAUAGAUGACGUUGAUGAACAAGUGAAUUAUUUCAAUGAGUUGAUUCUAGAACUUAUGAACUUUUUCUGUCCUAUCAAAAUUUGCAAGGUCAACAAUGAUUGCAGACCUGAUUGGCUUUCUGAUAAGCUUUUACAGCUGAUUAAUGCGAGAAACUUUUUCUAUGAAGCAGCAAGGAAUCAAAAGAAUGCAACAGAAAAAUUAUUUUUAAAACAACAGUUUAUUAAAUUGCGAAAUAGUGUAAAUGUAAUGAAACGUAAUCUUAAAAGAAAAUGCCUCCUGAAACGCAUGGAUGUAAACUUACCUAACACUAUUCUUUGGAAAAAUUUAAAUACAUUUGGCGUCACAAAAUCUAAAUCUACUAUUAGUGACAGCUUUAGUUCUACAGAUUUCAAUAAUUAUUUCAGCUCUGUUUUCACUCCAUCAGAUAUAGAUUCCUUUUGCGAUUCAAAUGAAGAUCUUUCGAAUGAUGUUAUACAAGAACUUGAUUUUGAGAACGUCACGAAUGAUGAAGUUUUUAAUGCAUUAAAUUUAAUUAAAACUAAAGCAAUAGGUGAAGAUGGAAUCUCGAUAUGUCGUUUGAACGACGCACAUAAAUUCUCAUUGAAGGCCCUUUCCGUCACUCGACAUCCAUGGAUUUCAAAAAGCUGA